AUAUAUGUAGAAAUUCUAUCAUAAGACACAGCACAUGAAAACAUUAUUCCUGCAUUUUCUUUGAUACUUCUUCAUCAAUGGCGGGUCUUUUCACUCUGAGACUGAGACCCAGACCCACCUCAUCAUUAUCUUCCUCCCAGUCAUCUUCCACCGCCUUGGCUUCUCGCCUUCUCUUAUUCCUCACUCUUCUCUCCGUGUGCCUCGCCGCCUAUGCAUUCAUGCUGCAAUGGAGGGGCGGGUUGUCUGACCCGACAACCCAGUGGCUACCCUUCGAUGAUCACCUCGUCUUCACCCAAAUGGGCAUGUCCAGGCCCGCUCGCCGCUCUUCUUCCUCUGACUGCGACGGAAUUCUCACCCCGACCCGGACGCUGUCGUUUCCUUACUUCAGGGAUUGGAAAUUCAACGUCGGGUCAUCUUCCGCCCCGGAUAUUCGCCCCAAGGUAUGCAUCACUACGAGCACGUCUGCUGGCUUGGAGCAAACACUGCCCUGGAUAUAUUAUCAUAAGGUUAUUGGUGUUACGAGUUUUUUCCUGUUUGUGGAGGGCAAAGCUGCAUCUCCCCAUGUAUCCAAAGUCCUAGAAUCUAUCCCGGGAGUAAAUGUCAUAUAUAGAACAAGAAAACUACAGGAACAACAAGAAAAAAGCCGGAUUUGGAAUGAAAGUUGGUUGUCGGGCUUUUUCUACAAACCUUGCAACUACGAGCUGUUUGUCAAGCAGUCCCUGAAUAUGGAAAUGGCUAUUGUCAUGGCUAGGGAGGCCAAUAUGGAUUGGAUAUUCCAUUUGGACACAGAUGAGCUAAUAUAUCCGUCUGGAACACGUGAAUUUUCUGUGCGAGAGCUCCUGUCAGCUAUCCCUGCUGAUACCGAUCUUGUUAUAUUUCCAAAUUACGAGAGCAGUGUCGAGAGGGACAAUAUAAAGGAACCAUUUAGUGAAGUAUCAAUGUUCAAGAAGAAUUUCGACCACCUUACAAAGGAAACAUAUUUUGGAAAUUACAGGGAAGCAACCCACGGUAACCCGAAUUACUUUUUGACUUAUGGAAAUGGGAAAUCGGCUGCUCGUAUCAAAGAUCAUCUUCGUCCUAAUGGCGCUCACAGAUGGCACAACUAUAAGAAGAUGCCGGUUGAGGUGAAAUUGGACGAGGCAGCUAUUCUGCACUACACUUAUUCCAAGUUCUCAGAUUUGACCUCGAGACGAGAUCGUUGUGGUUGUAAGCCUACGAAGGAAGAUGUUAAAAGAUGCUUCAUGCUUGAAUUUGACCGAGACGCAUUUAUAAUAGCUUCGACUGCAACGGAAGAGGAAAUGCGUUACUGGUACAAUGAGCAUGUUGUUUGGGCAAAUGAAGAAGUUAAGCGUAAACUUGUAAAAAAGGGCAUUUUGACACGAAUAUAUGCUCCCAUGGUUAUAAUUCAGAACUUGAGAGAGUCUGGGGUUUUCAGUUCUGUGAUUGCAGAGGCCCAGGGAGACAUUGUGAAAGAAUCUUUGUUGUCUACUGAGAAAAAUGUGUCUGGAAAUAUGGGAUCCAGGAAAAUUGGCCAUAGAUUGGAAUCUCAGGCAACUGCAAGGAAAGCUCUGGUUUUUGGAGAAUCUGAAUCUGAAUUUGAAUUUGGUGCAGUUCCACCAGAGUCACCUCCCACCAUGGAUGACAUUCUUCUCCUUGACAUAUAGUUUUCUGGAUUUGGAAAAAAUACAACACUGAAGUGUGAAGAGUGUACAUUUAAUUUUACAGAUUUUCAGGCUUAGAUUAUAGUCUUAUUAGUGAGGUAUAGACAAGUGUUCUAAUUCGGGGCUUUACUAUACACAUUCUGCUUACACAGCACUUAGUGAUCAUACCAUUUCUACA